AUGCCUCGGUCUUGCCUAAACAAAGCCCUAGCAAAGCUGCAACCAAGAAUUUGGAGACUCCGUCGAAGAAGAGAGGUCGUCCGUCAAAGGGCCCCUCGGUUGUGGAGAGCUCGAAACCUUCUUCCGCCCAGAAAUGAGGUCGUCUUGCAAAAAGGUGCAUCAAUUGCGGCAGCAAGCAAAACCUCGUCACCUACAAAGAGAGGAAAGCCUAGUAAAGCAGCUACAGCCAGCUCUAUCAAAGCGCCGACAAAGGCCAAGGCAAAAGGCCGUCCAUCAAAGUCAAAGGCUGUUGUUGUCGCUUCAACCGCAGAAAGCGGCAGUCGCAGUGCCAAAUCAUCUCCUCAAAAGACAUCUUCAUCAACCAAGAAGGCCGCAAUACCCAAGAAAGCAGCAGGAGCCUUUCCCUCGAGAAUUGGAGACAUUAUCGAACUCAGCAGCCCAGAAAUCGAAGAGCUGCGACCAGAUCUAGCCAAGGAUAUGCGACUCGGCUUCUUGGAGAUCCCGCAUCCAAGACGAUUUGGGGAAAAUUUGAUGUUGGUAUCUACGAGGGCUAUCUCCGCCGUAAAGAAUUACAGAUGA